ACUUGGUAAAGGUUGAAGACGACAAGAUGAAUGAAACUCUAAUCGUGGAAACAAAAGAUGGCUGUUUCCACAAUUCAUCAAUCUAUGCGAUUGGUGAUCGAUUCAAUAUCUCCUGUGAUCAAAUCUGUAUUUGCCAAACAAAUUCAACGAUUAAAUGUUCGGAUCGUUGUCCAUCCAAACCCGAUUCAUUAAAAGGACCAAAUUGUAUAACCAAACCUGAUCCAAAAGAUCCUGAAUGUUGCCUUGUUACUCAAUGUGAAGGUGAAGUAAAACCAAUGGAAGCAAUCAGUGAAGCUCGACCUAAAGUAUUGGUUACAAGUAAAACGCGAACCUCGGUUGCCUUUGCAUGGGACGAUUUCAAGCUUCCCAAUUAUGAGUCUGGUUAUGUUAUUGAGUACAAGCCUGUUGAUAAUUCAUCUCUGGUUGGAGUUAACAAUCCCAUCAGUAUUGAUCAAUCGUUGAGUAAAUUAAAUGUUACCAAUGAUACAAUGUCUAGAUCGGAUUGGAUUCAGGUUCAAGGAAACAAUACACCUUUCUGGACUUUGGAAGGAUUACUGCCUGGUUCAAGUUAUAUCAUUAGAAUCGGUCUGUGGGAAUAUCCAUUUGAUGAGAGGAAUAAAAAAAUUGACUCUAAAGAUCAAUCAGAGAUGAUUAUUGUAACAACCGAAGAGGGUUGCAUCAAAGAUAAUGCCUCUUUCCCUCUGGGCAAGCAAAUUGUUGAUGGAUGUGAAUCACGAUGUACCUGUCAAUCAGGUAACCUUUGGGACUGUAGAUCAGUUUGUAAGGAACCAUUUAUUUCCAAGGGAACAAACAUGGACCCCUCUUGUACCGAGACUCCUGUAGAUGAGUGUUGUUCAAGUUUAAAUUGUAUUGAAACCCGCAGUGAACCUCCCACAAAUUCAUCUGAAGAUGUACUUAUAACAUCACCUCCACUCACCCAGCCUCCUCCCUCAGGGUCAGGAGAGAUUGCUUUUUCAGAUAAACCUGGUCACUGUUAUGAACCCACACGAAUCAGAUCCGAGACGGGUCUUUGUCUUGAAGAGUGUCAACAUGAUUAUCAUUGUCGUGGUUUGGAUAAAUGUUGUCCCACUGCUUGUGGUGGAUCAGUUUGCUCUGAAGCCAACACUAAAACACCUAAAAGAUGUGAAUCUUUGGUUUGUGGACAAAAUACACUUUGUCUCGAUAAUCACAGUGACUUGGAUCCUCCUAAAUGCGCCUGUAAACCUGGAUAUCGAGGUGAUCCUUAUGAUUUAAUCAACGGCUGUCGUAAGGUCAACAGUCGAUCCAAUUUAAUUUGUGAUUACAAAAACAAAACUUAUGGACCGCGUGAAGAAUUUUUUGAUGGCUGUGACUUUAAAUGUAUCUGCUCAGAGGCUUUGGAAGUUGAAUGUAACCCUCGAUGUCCAUUCAUUGGAUCGGAUGAACCAGUGACCACAGUUGAUCCUUUAUGUACCAUUAUUCAAGAUCCUAAGGAUCCGUGUUGUAAAACAAUGGCAUGUGAAUCAAAGCCAGUUGAUGUGGUCAGAGUUAAUUCAUCUCAAUCAGCUAAUUCACCAAUAUUCAAUAACGGUGAACCUGUUGGAGAUACUGUUUCAGUUGAUGCACCAUUACCUGUUACUGGAUGUCGAUAUGAAAAUAUAACCUAUCAACCUGGUGAAUCUUUUGUAAAUGGAUGUGAAUCUCGUUGUAUUUGCAAGGAAGGUUAUCAUCUUCAGUGCGCUCCUCGAUGUCCCGUUUUUCAUGGUUACAAUCAAAAACUUUGCUCUCUAAUUCCUGAUCCUGAUGAUCCUGAAUGUUGUAAAAUUGCUGUCUGUGAUACAGAAAAGGUUUCAUCUAAUGUUAAAAAGAUGGAACCUUUCAAUUUAAUUCUUGACUCGGCAAAGGCCACCAAUUCAACCCACAUAUUGCUUCGAUUAAUUAUUCCCAACUCAAUUCAUCACAAAUCAAAACAUGUAUUUCUCAUUCGUUACUCUAAAGUUGAAUCACAGAUUACUCCAUCAUCAUCCAAUGAUGCUAACAAUCGAGCUUGGUCAACUAAGGAAGUAUCAGAGGAUGACCUUAAAUUGUUAGAACCUGGAAUGUUUGAGAUUGAUUUCAAUGGACUUCUUCCGUCAACUGAAUAUUUUGUUGAAGUUAAAGAAGUUAAAUCCAAUUCAACAUCAAACACAGUUUUCAUUAAAACAUUCCCUGAAGGAGUUGACUCUUCAUUUAAUGGUUGCUUUUUCAACAAUCAAAUUAUCCAAGUGGGACAAGAGUUUUACGAUGGAUGUGAAUAUAAAUGCGUUUGUGGUCAAGGAGGAACUCGAGAAUGUGAAGAUCGUUGUCCAAUCUAUAUUGAUACUAUUGGUUUCGAAGAAUGUGAUUGGGUUCCAUCUCCAGAAGAUCCAUGUUGUACCAUUCCCGUUUGCUCAAAAAAUAAAGAUACAAAUGAAAAGGACGAGGAAUCAAUCAAAAACCCAAUUGAUAACAGUAAUGAACCUUCCAUGGGCCAUCAGCCUGUGCCGUCUUCAACAGCUCGACCCAACCCUUCGACAUCAUCAUUGCCUGUUGAAACAGUUGAGCCUUUCUGUUUAGGAAAAGAUAAUCGUCUUCAUUUCAUUGGUGAAGCAUGGGAUGAAUCUGGUCCUGGAGGAUGUCUCAAACAAACUUGUCGUUGUGUUCAAUUAUCCAAUGGCACUACAACAACUCGAUGUCAUGGUGGUUGUCCUCCAAUUCCGCCCAACACAACAAAGCCUAGUCCAGGCUGCCCAAAACCUUAUAUAAUUACGCCAAGUGAUCCAUGUCUUUGCCCCUAUUUGAUUUGUGAUCACAGUGAAGACGAACCAAUUCAAUCAUCAACUUCUUCCAUUGACCAGCAAAACCAUUCAUCUUCAUCAACGCCUCAACCAACUUUAGCCUCGUCUGAAAAACCUUUUAUUCCAGAUACAAAUCCAGGUCUUUGUUUGUUCAAAGGUCGAACCAUACCUGUUGGUCAGUUUAAUGAUGGCUGUGAGUCGGUUUGUGAAUGCUUUCCAAAUGGUAAAGUAUCCUGUGGUCCAAUCUCUUGUCCCCAAUUUUUCGAUACACCAAAUGAAAAGUGUCUUGAGUGGGAACUGGAUCCAAACUUCAUUCCUGAACCACCAAAUUGUUGCCCUCGACCCACUUGUAAAAACGAUGGCUCAUGCAUAUUUGCUGGUUUAAGAUUCCCAAAUUUCAAGCCGAUUCCAAAUGAGCUUCUUCCCUGUGGCACUCGGUGUGUAUGUAUGAACGCAAAUGUAACUUGUGAAAAUCGCUGUCCACCCAUAUCUGAAACUCCACCACCUAAUCUUCCUUGUCCCCUGCAAAUGGCUUAUCGAGGGCAUUUGCCUGGUGACGAUUGCUGUUUACACUGGAUGUGCCGAGAUUCAGAAAGAUCAGUCUUCUGUAUACACAAUGGCAAUCGUUACAAGGUUGGUGAUCAAUGGGAAGAUGUCAAUCCAAGCAAUGUCUUAGGACCUCGUCGUCGCUGCUCUUGCAAACCAACACCUCCUUUGGGUAAACCUCAAGUUGAUUGUUUUGGUGGCAUUUGUCCUAAAAUUACUGAGCGACAUUUAAAACCUUCAGCUGAAUGUCCACUUCCAGUUUUAAUAUCACCAGAAGAUCCUGUACUUUGUCCCUAUGUUAUUUGUAAUUAUUCAGAAGAAACUGGUAAAGAAUUAGAAAACGUUAGUGUUGUUGCCAUGAAUAAUUCAGCAGUACGAAUCAGAUUCACUCUUCCAUCACUAUUUGUCGGCUUAAUUGGUCACGCUGAAGUUCAUUUCACAACCGAUCCAAACAUUCAACGACACCAAUGGAAUGUUCAAAAAUUUGCUCGACCCAAACGACUUUUUGACACGGCAAACAUUGAAUAUCAUCUUGGUGGACUUAAACCCGAUACAACUUACUAUUUCCAAGUUCGCAUUCUAAUUGAAGCUCUUCAUUCAGGACCUGAAAGUCAAAUUUACAAGUUAUAUUUACCUGCUCCAGGUUCAUCAGUUUCCGGCUCUCAUGGAUAUCCACUUACAAGUUCAACUUUACUUUCCUCUUCAUCAGUUUCAUCUCCUAUUCCAUUCACAUCUUCAUCAACUCUUCCACCUCAAGUAACGAUGGAUGUUGAGCUUCAUGUGGUUGCUGUAGACGGAACCACUGCUAAAUUAUCUUGGAGAAAGUUGGAACCGCGAGAAAAGUCACUCAUUGAUGGAAUCACAAUUAAAUACCGUUUAACCACUGAUCCAUUUGAUAAAUGGAUAACCACUCCAAUGAUUCAUCGUGAUGUCAAUGAAUACACUUUACGUGAUCUAAGGUCUGGCCUUUCUUAUGUGGUUGAUUUAAUUCUUAGGCCAGCGGAAAGCUUGCAAACUCAAUUACUUUCCGCUAAACCAGUUACGAUUGAGAUGCCAGCUCGUCCUAAUGAAUUUGAUUUUGUACCCUCAAUUGAUGUUUCCCCUGAAAGUUAUCGUACUAUGAUUAAGCUUCGUGGUCUUCCCAGGCCAACUGAUAAAUAUGUAAAUGUUGUUAAAGUUAAUUUCCGAGAAGCCAAUUCAGAAGGGUUGGAGAAUAAGAUGGUUCACAUGUUUAAAACUCCAUCUGAAGAUGGAACCGUAAUUGUCGAUGGAUUACGUCCAAAUAACCGUUAUAAGGCAUGGAUGGAUCUUUACCUUGCUAAUGGAGCAACUCUUUCAACAAAUACAGUAACAUUUAAUACAAAAGAAGAUCUUAAACCUGUAAUUAAUGAAAACAGAGACGAUGAUCCAUCAGCCAAUGAAGCUGAAGCUCUUAAGGAAAGUAGCAGCGGUGAAGCAAUUAAACCUUAUUAUAUUGCUUUGAUGAUCGUUGCCAUUUUUGCCAUUAUAACUGGAAUCGGAUUUGUGACUUUACUUUGUGUCUUAAUGAAAACUAAAACUUGUGCCAAAGCAGCAAUAACUCGAGCUCCGUCUGAAGCAGCUUAUGAUAAUCCCACUUAUAAGACUUACGAUGGUGAAAAGCCUGGAGAGGAACCAAUGAAAAAUGGAUCCGCGUAAAGAGCCGCAUCAAGCAAGAAAUUAUUUCAAUCUUCUUGUUUAAUCGACAAACAGGUCAUUUACUCUGAGUAAAUUUGAUCCAUUCAAUGUCGAAUUUUUGAUCACUGUUAAUCUAUUCAUCAUUAUGUCUACCAUUAUGGAUCUCUUAUUUCUUAAUUACUAUCGAAUUGUUCAUCAUCAUUCUUACCAUCAUCUUUACUAAAACUGGGAAACACCAGAAAAACAUAAAUUCAACUCAUAUUGAAUAAGUCCAUAGUUAUCAACACAAUUUGAACAAUCAAACAAUUAUAACUAUCACAUUAUGUAUCAUUUUGAAAGACAAUCAUUGUCAUCUUCACCACCAACCUUUGAUUCCAAGUUUAUACUGUAUCACCUGUAAAACCGGUUUGAAUUGUUUUGCCAGAAAAGGAUAAAAUCACAUUCGAACAACGAUGCAGUAGAUAAAUACAGAUACGUUAUUAUCGUUUAAUUAAAGAAGCUUGGAAUCUAACGUUGGCCUAUCCUGUGGGUAAUUCGCUACUUACAACGCCAUCAACAGGCAACCUUCUGCCUAUUUAUUUUUACAAAUCAUCUUAUUUUCGUUGUGUAUACUUAUUGUGUAAGGGAUGAGGAGAAUCUUAAAUUUGUCUCUUCUUCAUCACUAUUUUAGCGUUAAUCAAUUUUUACCUUGUUUUGUAUACAUUAACCAUCAUCAUCUUCAUCCCAUUCUCCUCAAUCACAUCUGAUGUAUCUAACCUUAUUGAGGUUUCAAGUCUCUAAUUUUUAAAAAACCAACGAUUUGCUGGAUGCGCAACCACCACAAGUGCUUUACUUUUAUUUUCAGGUUCAGAAGAAAAGUAAUUUUGCUUCUUAAUCCUGUUUCUUAAUUUCUAUUGUAACAAUAUUUUAUUUUAAAAUAGUUCUCCCCCUUUUAAAUUGUUAGUCCUUAACUUAAAUAACCGAUCUAUCAAAACCCAUUCUCUAUCCAUUGAACUUGAGCAAAAAUUGUACAUUUUUGCGCUAAUUAAUUUUAUCCCGAUACAAAUCCUGCCAUUUUUACAUUUUGAUAACAAAAAAUCUCAAAAAUAAGUUGUAUUUUUGUAAAUAAAAAUCAAAAAGAGUUACUCUUUUAUCUUAA